UCCGGGUGGCCACGGGGCGCAGGUCCAAAUGAGCUGAUGCGGGCGCGCGGCGGGUCCCGGAUACCUGCGUACCUCGCGGCGGCGAGGCUGGAACCCAUGAGAAAGCCAGAGAGUGCGCCCGCGGGCCCCGAUGGGGCCUCUGUUACCUGGACGAGCCCGCCGCCCAAGAGCCCCCAAGUGACCGGAUGCCGUGGGGCCGGCCAGAGGCCAAAGCGGCUUUCCCGAAGGAUGGGGCAAAAAAAGCAGCGACUAACAGAGGCAGAGCUGCAGCAGAGCCCACUGGACACAACCCAGACGCCUUCCCCAAAGGACCCCCGCUUGAGACCAACCUCUGCCCUGGGCCCCCAGCGCAGCAUCUAUUUCUCCAGCCCACAGGGCCACCCUGCCCGGCUGGGGACAGAGUUUUUUGACCAGCCAGCCGUCCCCCUGGCCCGCGCCUUUCUGGGACAGGUCCUUGUCCGGCGACUUCCUGAUGGCACAGAGCUCCGAGGCCGCAUUGUGGAGACCGAGGCAUACUUGGGACCAGAGGAUGAAGCUGCCCACUCAAGGGGUGGCCGGCAGACCCCCCGCAACCGCGGCAUGUUCAUGAAACCUGGGACCCUGUAUGUGUACAUUAUCUAUGGCAUGUACUUCUGCAUGAACGUCUCCAGCCAAGGGGAUGGUGCUUGUGUCCUACUGCGAGCACUUGAGCCCCUUGGGGGCCUGGAGACUAUGCGCCAGCUUCGCAGCAACCUCCGGAAAGGCACCCUUAGCCGCACUCUCAAGGACCGUGAGCUCUGUAAUGGCCCCUCCAAGCUGUGCCAGGCCCUGGCUAUUGAUAAGAGCUUUGACCAGCGGGACCUGGCCCAGGAUGAGGCCAUGUGGCUGGAGAGUGGUCUUCCAGGGCCCAGUAGGCCAGCUGUGGUGGCAGCAGCCCGUGUGGGCAUCAGCUAUGCAGGGGAGUGGACCCAGAAGCCCCUGCGCUUCUACUUCCAGGGCAGCCCAUGGGUGAGUGUGGUGGACAGAGCAGCUGAGCAGGACACACAGGCCUGAGCAAAAAGCCCAUUCAGACAGGCAUUUUAAUUGUUUAAAAACCAAAUAAAUGCUUUUACUUUGCUGUUUGUC